GGCUGUGGUAACUAGUGACGAUCGUGGACUGGCGUUCUGCCAUCUUUGAUUGUGCGACAGGCCGCGGCGCCUUCACUCACUCAAUACUGUCUCAUACGAGACAACGGGUGUGCAAGAAGACAGAAACACAAGCCGAGAGCCUGUUAACGUCCGAAUAACGGAGGACACGUCGGGGAAGAAGAAAGGACACCGUGUAGGCAACAGAAACGCAUCAGGCCCGUGCAAGUCGAGAGGAGCUUGUUGGAUGUUAGCUUCCACGCUAGCUAGUAUCGUUAGCCGAACUAGCAAGCUAGCUUUUGUAAUCCGCCGGCCACACACACACUCGCACAAAACAGGCCGAACCCAGGCGAGGCAUACGACAGACUAGAAGAAAGGGACCGGCGGUGACGGGAGGCUGGUUCUGGAGGUGAGACCAGAGGACCAGACUCAAUGAGUUUCCAGCGAAAUGUCAGAGAAGUCAGGGCAGAGCACCAAGGCAAAGGAUGGCAAGACCAAGUAUGCAACCCUUAGCCUCUUCAACACAUACAAGGGCAAGUCUCUGGAGACCCAGAAAACUGCAGUUGCUGCCAGACAUGGGCUCCAGAGUUUGGGAAAGGUUGCCGUCAGUCGACGCAUGCCCCCCCCUGCCAACCUGCCCAGUUUGAAGGCAGAGAAUAAGGGCAACGACCCCAACGUUAACAUCGUCCCCAAGGACGGCAGUGGCUGGGCCUCCAGACCUGAGGGAGGAGACGAUAGGCAGUCUGAGACCCCCCCUCCCCAGCCUAAGCCCGCUGCCCCCCAACCCCCAGAGGUCUCGUCAUCUAUAGGGGGCAGCAGAUCCUGGGCCAACAGCAAGCCACCACCACAGCUAGAAGGAGGAGCCCCUCGUGUGAGCAGCCAGUUCCACCAGGAGUUCCCCAGUUUGCAGGCGGCUGGGGAGGCGGAGAAAGGGGAGGGGCAGGAGGAGGAGCCUUAUGGACCUGGACCCAGCCUCAGACCUCAGAAUGUUGGUAGUUGGCGAGAGGGCGGGGGCAGGAAUCUGACCACAGGAGCCAGCCCUGAGAUGGACAGCCGUGGGCCAGAGGAGGGAGGGUCGGCUUUCAGCACCCCCUCACCCCCUGGGGAGGCGGAGGAGGGGGGCAGGGUGCCCCCUAAUGAGAAGGGAGAAGUCAGGGAGAGGCUGCCCCUGUCUGUCCAGCCUGCACCCCUCUCCUCCCAGUCCCAGCUACAAUCAUCCUCCUCUGUGCCUGCCCAGCCUAAACUCAACGGGGGCCAGCAGGCCUCUGCCGGGGUGCCUCCCCAGUUCCACCCCCAGUUCAGGGGCAUGAUGCCACCUUAUAUGUUCCACGCGUACCCCAGAAUGCCCUUUGCUCCAGUGCCAGGGAACAUAAGAUACCCUGUUCCACAGGAUGGAGCCAGGAGGGUCCGUCCCCAGCAGGGCCCCCCCCAGGCCUGGCUCAAGGAUCCAGACAGACCCUCCAUCAUCAGCGCCACAGAGCUCAAAGAGCUUGACAACCUGGACACUGAAGCUGACGAGGGCUGGGCUGGAGCUCAGAUGGAGGUAGACUACACAGAGAAACUCAACUUCAGUGACGAUGAGGAGAACCAAGCCGCCAAGGGGAAAGGAGAAAACUGGGAGUGGAUCGGUAAAGUGAAGCGGAUGAGACCGCCACGCCCCUCAGAUGGCCAGGAGGGCAGCAAAGGCUCAUGGGUAGAUGGAAGGGACCCCAGGGCGCCCUCCCCAGGCACUAUGGGGCAGUACAAGACCGGCCCACCACAGGACUACCAGGGUCAGCCAGGUGGGCGCUUGGUAGGCAGCAGAGCCCCUCGCGUGGUCAAACCCCCCACCGCAGCUCCCUCUGGCGAGGAGGAUUCAGAGGCCUGGCGCCAGCAACGCAAGAAGCAGGACCUGUCGGAAGCAGUAGAAAGAGCCAGGCGGAGGAGAGAAGAGGAGGAGAAGAGGAUGGAAGAGCAGAGACUCGCCGCCUGCGCAGAGAAACUCAAGCGCCUUAACGAGAAACUCCGCCCAGCAACAGAGGCCACGUCCAUCCCUGCCCCAGAGACAACCAAUGAAGAGAUGAGAGCUGUGUGUGAAGACACACCCCCUUUGUCUGUUCCUCCCCCCAUCUCCAGCCCUGCACCUUCUCAGGCUGGCCCUCUCCCACAGCCCCUGACCAUACCAGCCCCUCUCCAAGACAGAGAGAGGAUGGAAAGAGAGAGGAUGGAAAGAGAGAGGAUGGAAAGAGAGAGGAUGGAAAGAGAGAGGAUGGAAAGAGAGAGGAUGGAAAGAGAGAGGAUGGAAAGAGAGAGGAUGGAAAGAGUAGAGCCUAGUGCGGAGGAGAGUCAGUUUGUGCCUCGCCAGCCCAGCCCUCCAGUUCAAAGACCAGAGUCCAUACCCCCAGAGCCUCAGCUCGGAGAGGGCCCCCUAGGUGAGGUGGGCCCCCUAGGUGAGGUGGGCCCCCUAGGUGAGGUGGGCCCCCUAGGUGAGGUGGGCCACCUGAGCGAGGUGGGCCACCUGAGCGAGGUAAGCCCCCUGGUGGAUGAGAGCCAGACUGAGAGACUGAUUCCCAUGCCUAUCCGAGAGUACUUCAGCACCGAUGAGAGUAGAGUGGAGGAGCGUGUGCCCCUGUCUCUGCACCGUAUGGACCCCCCCAUUGGAGAGGACACCCCGGUGGCCCCCCCAGACCUGGAGGGAGAGGCAGGGGCUGCCAUACGCCCCUCUCUCACCUCGGGAUACUCCAAACAAUUCCAGAAGUCUCUGCCCCCACGCUUCCUCAGGCAGCAGGAGCAGAUGAAGCAGCAGCAGUGGCAGCAGCAACAGCAGCAGGGUGGUGGAGGAGGAGGUGGUGGUGGGACUGUGUCCCCAUCAGGGGGAGGUGCGGGUGGAGGAGGAAGUGUAGCUACCCCCCAGCAGCAGCAGCACCGCUCCCUGUACCAGCCCAUUGGCCCCCCUCACCAUCAGCAGCACCUGGCUAACAUGGGCUUUGACCCCCGCUGGCUCAUGAUGCAGUCAUACAUGGACCCCCGCAUAAUGUCUGGAAGACCACCGCUCGACAUGCCAAACAUGCACCCUGGACCUGGGCGGAUGGGUCCUAAGCAGAUAGUUCGUAGAGAAGCAGGGGACAAGUCCAGCUCUAGUUCUGACUCCUUUGACCACCUGACCAGGCCAAUACGGGACCACAGUCUCCCCUCUGAACCACGUACGGUGUGGGGGUCUGACCCGUARGCACAAACUGAUCCCCUAACCUCUGUCACUCCCCCUAAAGGAUGGGAGGACAAGGACACCAGGUUGGACUCUGGGUUGGAGCUGGACCGAGGUUCACCAGUUAUUUACCCCAGCCAGGAUAUCAGUCCUCUUGAGCCCCGCAGCAAGACUGACUUCUUCAGAAACCCCACAGAGCCCCUGUCAGGGUUUGGUCCGGGCCCCGAGGAGGCUCCAGGAUCCCUGCAGACAGAGAGAGGGCCUGGUGAGUCCCCCUUUGAGCCAGAGGAGCCUUGCCUGCCCACUGGAGAGGAGGUUGAGGCUCUGGGACAGGCCAUGCUACAGAGGACCAUCUCCCAGGGCUCCAGCCACUCACUCAAACUGGACGAGCCUAGGUUCGACAGCCUCCCCUUGGGCACAAAGACACUUGAGCUCCAGGAUGCAGGGGAGAGGCCAGGCCCAGACGAACUGAAUCCUAGGAAAGAGCCUUUCUCCCAGGCUGCUGUGGCCAACAACAGGCCCAACCCUCCAUCCGACAGCCUCCACAAGCCAGAGAAGCUGCCCUUGUCAGCCCCUAGCAAGCAGAAGGCUGAGUUGCGUUUGGGAGGGAGGUCAGUGGCCGGCCGGAGGGAAGGGCCAGGGGGUGAGAGGCCUGUACGCAGGUCUGGACCCAUUAAGAAACCUGUACUCCGAGACAUGAAGGAAGAGAGAGAGCAGCGGGAGGAGAGAGAACGACACAGAGAGAGAGGGGAGAGACCCAAGAAGGAGGAGCGAGGAGGAMCAAAAGCUGCCUUCGCAGCUGCUGCUGUGUCUGGGGCCCCCAGGGACAGGCCCCAGGGAGAAAGAGAGAGGGACAGGGAGAGGGAUGGGAAGAGGGAGGCCCCUGAGACUGAGGAGGGGUCUAUGAAUGGCCCCCAGAGAUCCAGAGACACACAGGCCCUAUCAGGAGCACAGACACCAGCCUCCCAGGACAACAAGACAGACAAACCAYCAACCAAUGAUAAACACCCUGAACCUAAACUAUCCUGUAGGAAGGAGUCCAACCUACCUCCAAGGGCCUACCGCCGUGAGGAGAGGGAGAGGGAGAGAGAGAGAGAAAGGGAAAGGGAUCGGGAAAGAGAGAUGGAGCGGGACAGAGAGAGAGACUGGCCGGCUGAUGGUUUUCGAGCCAGAGGCAGAGGGGAGUACUACUCGCGAGGACGGAGUUUCCGGGGGACUUACAGUGGUCGAAAUAGAGGUGGCCGGGGUCGUAGUCGAGGGGAGUACCCUUACCGGGAGCCACGCUCGCGCUCAGACCUUCCAGCCGCCGGUGGCGGCAUUGCCUUCCGCUGCUGUCGUGAAGAGAGCGAGACGCGCAGCGAGAGCUCCGACUUCGAGGUGAUGCCCAAACGCAGGAGGCGCCGUGGCUCCAAUACCGAAUCAGAGAGUGAAGGAGGACGGGAGUCCGCUAGCGACACGGGGGCUUCAGACCGUGAGCCCAGCGCUAAACCACCCCGGCCGCUCCGCAGGGAACUACCAGGAGAGCCCCGCUCCGGACCACACAAACCUGGCUUUGGACCCCCURACCUGGGAGAGAAAGGAGGGCUCAGGGGAGGAGACGAGGAGGGUAGGCCCAAGCCAGGCUUCCUGCCCAAAGGAGAGCCGUCACGGCGGGGGAGAGGGGGCCUGUACAGCAGGCGAGGGGGAACCAGGGAGAGAGGAGGUCCUAGGUCAGCUCCUCUCAGACGACCAGGAACCAGAGAGUUGUCCUCCCAGUGGCCCUCAAGACCCAUGGAGACCUUCCGCCCUGAGGACACAGAACCCUCAUCACGCUACGACAAUCGGGACACCCACUCUGACCGACGGCCUGUACGAGGGGACAGAGACCGUCCUUUCGAGGUGAAGAAGUUUGGUGAGGGGGGACCACAGAGUAGCAGAGACAGAGAGAGGCCCCGUCGUCCUCGUCCAGCCCGACCCCCCAGACAGGACAAACCCCCCCGCUUCCGGAGGCUGAAGGAGAGAGAGGCUGCCGUCUUAGCUGGAGGAGAGACAGGACCUGUACCCACCUCCACUGCCUCCCUCCCAGCCUUAGUGCGUGCCUCUGGGCCUGGCCCUGUCUCCCUGUCCCCUACCCUCUCCAGAGCUUCAGGGACCCCUGUCACCAUGCCUGUAGAGGGGGGACCCACAGCCGCUGACCUGCACCUGACCUCUGACCCAGCCCUGCCUGAUGCCACCCCUCCCACCACCUCUGCCAUGGGCACCAAGUCACCUGACUUUUCCAACCAGAACUCUUCUGACCAGGCCAACGAGGAGUGGGAGACGGCGUCAGAGAGCAGUGACUUUAACGAACGGAGAGAACGAGAGGAGAGGAGGGGAGCGCUGGAGGCUGCUAACGCAGCUACCCAGCCCUCGGCCCCAGCCCCCCUACCCCCUCAAGGCUCAGCACCCCCCAGUAGGACCCCCACUGAGGGAGGGAUGACGCCCAAACGCGAAGCAGCGGGGCCUGCCUGGGCCAGGAGGAGUUUCUCCAGUCAGCGUCCGGUGGAGAGGCAGAAUCGCAGGGGGAACAGCGGACCCAAACCAGGCCGUGGCUACACUGGGGGGAAGGGAGAGAGGAGAGGAGGGACCAAGGCUGGACGCAGAGGAGCUGCCCCUAACCCAGACUCAGCCCCAGGUGGGGGAGCAGUGCGCCCUGGGGGUAAAGAUCCAUCUGGACGCAGGAAGGACGAUGCCAAACAGACCAAACAGAAACCCAAGGAGAAGGAGAAUGCUUUGUUGCAGUUUGACCUCAACAACUACGCCAGUGUGGUGAUCAUAGAUGACCAUCCAGAGGUGACUACCUUAGAGGACACCCAGUCUAACACUGCAGACGACGGCUUCACUGAGGUGGUCUCACGUAAACAACAGAAACGACUACAGGACGAGGAGAGGAGGAAGAAAGAAGAACAGACUACACAGCACUAUGGGAAGAAAGGAUCAGGGGAGAAGGGGAGAGGAGGAGGAGGCGGCAAGCUGCCUCCCAGAUUCGCCAAAAAGCAGCAGCAGCAACAAGCAUCGCAACAACAGCAAGCCUCACUGCCACAGCCCCCACCCCCCCCCAAAAAAACCAAGCCCCAUCUCUCUGCCCCCCAGUUCCCUCCCCNCUCUGCCCCCCAGUUCCCUCCCCCUUCCCAGCCUGCUGCCUCUCCCCAGACUCUGGAGGGCUCUUUAACCCCUCUACCCUCCGCCCUGACCCCCACCAUCGUGGACUUCAGCUCGAAGACCUCCCUGCCACCUGUGGCCCUAGCCACGCAGCCCCACAGCACUCUGGGUACGGAACUCUGGGAAAASAAGGUGGCCGGAUCCACCGUCCUGCCCGACGUCAAGAAACUUGGACCUAUCAGCCCUCCUCAGCCUCCUUCAGUCAGUGCCUGGAACAAACCUCUCACCACCUUCACUGGGGCCGUCACUUCUGAGGGAGUCAUACCUGGCUCAGAAGGCAGUGUGGAUCUGGGGAUGGACAGGAUCCAGUUUGGAGCCCCGUCCUCAGCUGGCAGUACAGACAGCGAUGGUGUACCAGCCAUGCUAGAGACUGGACCUGACAACAAACUACCUGCUCCUAAAGAACAGAGACAGAAACAGCCCCGUGCGGGGCCCAUCAAAACACAGAAGAUCCCUGACAUGGAGCCUAAGGAGUACAAGCCUGGCCCUAUCGGUAAAGAACGCUCCCUCCGUAACCGCAAGGCUAAGGACAUCCAUGGGGGAGAGGGAGAGGGUCUGGAUGGGGGGAUAGCACCAGGAGGAGGGGCCAGCAGAGCGGUGGACUCCAGCCCUACCAACACCGACACCUCUGUUCCUGAGCUGGGGGGUGACAUCGAGGGGAUGAUCACCAUAGCCUCUGCAGAGUAUGCCAGCAGUUCCAAGGAGUCAGUGACUGACUACACCACCCCUUCGUCGUCUCUGGCUGACAGCGUUCCUACUGGAGGGAGUAAGAUGGAGGAGAGCCUGGUAGCCAACGUGCCCCUGCCCCACUCUCUGCCUCUCCCUCGUAGAGAGGCGCUACAGCAGAGCUCCAGCCUCAGUACUGUCUCUCCUGCUAGCGUUGACCUCACACUGAAGAUGGAGUCAGCUCGUAAAGCGUGGGAGAACUCCCCCAGCCUGGUAGAGAAGAGCUCUCCUGUCACCUCCUCUUCUCCCAUCACCUCCUGCACGUCGUCCUCCUACUCCUCCUUCUCCUCUGCCUCCAUGCCUCAGAUACCAGUGGCCUCCGUUACGCCAAGCACCUCUCUGACAGAUUCCAGCGUUCUACAUGGACACCAGUCACCUGUUCAGCAACCCCCGCCUGGCACCUCCCUCUCUGGCACAGCAGCAGGGCUACCAGCCUAGACUCUCACAGCAGGCAGCAGUGCAGCAGAUUCCAAUCCCCAUCUAUGCUCCCCUGCAGGGCCAGCACCAACACCAACACACACACCAACACACACACUCUCACCAGGCCCAGCUAGGCCUCAACACCGGACCUCCCGUCUCCCAGCCACAGGACCUCUUCAGCUCCUCACUGCAGCCUUACAGGUCUCAGCAGGCCUUUAUGCAGAGCAGCCUGUCCCAGCCCAGCCCCAUGAUGUUAUCAGGGCCGUCUCUCCACAGCUACCCCGGGGUUGGGGGCCCUGACCUGGGCAAGCCUCAGUCCAGCCUGGCCUACCAGCAGCCCUCCAACACACACAUCCCCAUCCUGUUUGAACCACAGCUCAACCAGCCCUCUGGCAUGGGAGGAUCCCAGCUGAUAGACACACACCUACUGCAGCGUCAGGGGAUGAGUCAGCAUUCUAACCUGUACUCGGGGCAGGUGCAGCAACACGGACAGAACAGUUACUAUAGUAACACACAGUCUCCUAGCUCUGCCAUGCAGCAGUCCUCGCCGGGCUCCCAGCUAGGUCUUCCUAACUAUGGUUCUGGGGUGGCAACCCCUCCUGGCGCUGCCCCCACCCCUCCCCAGGCUCAGCCCCCCAGCCUCAGCCGCCAGCCCCCCGUCUCUCAGCCCUACAGGGGUCCCUUUGGACCGACCCACACACAGCAUGGUAAUGUGUGUGUUUCUAUCCAGAUGUGUGAGAUGGACCUGAAGCUGUUUGGCAGUGGGAUGGACAUGAAGCCUGGAACUCCUCCUCACAGCGCUAGGAGCACUACCCCUACAUCUAGUCCUUACAGGGCCAGCUCUACAUCUKCCAGCAGCCAGUCCAGUAAGAUGAACAGCAUGCUGUACCAGAAACAGUUCCAGCCCAGCUCUGCUGCCAUGAGGGUCACACAGCACUUCUCUGGACAGUUCAACCCACAGAUUCUGUCUCAGCCCAACAUGGUCUCUCCUCUGGUGCGCCCUCCCUCCCACACCCAGCAUGCUAACUCAUUUGGUGGAGGGAUGCAGCGUUCGCCAAUGGGCCCACCACCCAUGUCUCCCUCUCUGGGAGGAGGGCUGAUGCCUCACCCCCGGCCGCUACCGCAGCAGCAGCAGUUCCCCCAGCAGCACCUCUCCCCCCCC